CACCACUUUAGUUGUCGUGGUUCUACCAAGUAGCCCAGCUCCGCUCCCUUUGGCAUCUCCUGGAGCAAUACUCCGUAAACCACAGUCCGCCUCGCCGUUAAUCCGGUAACGUCACUCCCCUCAUCUCCGAGACCAACCGCCGUCAUCAUAGUCAACGGGCAGGCCUUUGAACACGCCAGAAACUUCCUUACAACCUACGAGCUCGCGACACGUGUUUUUCGUCCAUCGUGGGACCCAAUUAACAGAUCUUACGUCUCGCAAUUUCUGAAAAAAAAAAGAAAACCACCAAUCAUAUGCUUACAUCGUAAUCGCCGGAGACACUCCCGGCCCCUAUGUAGUAUCGCCGGUCACUGGUGCUUAGGGCCUUGAAGAAGGGUUUAAUGAUUGUUUCAGAGUUUGUAGUUCGGGUUUCAUUCUUCAUUGAUGAAAAAUCCGGCCCUGACGGGGAGGUGUAUUUAUUUAUAGAUCUCCGAUUCUGAUCUGAUAAAUGUCGCUUUUCCGCCGGAGGAAGGGAGCGGCCCCCUCCAAGACUCCGACCAAAGAUUCACACACUGAAGACGAAGAUGAAAAGAAAGGGAAGAGUAAAGGAAAGCAAAACGGAGAUGAUAAAUCCGCCAUUAACAAGAAGAGUGGCAGCAGGAGAUGCGCGUGUCUUGAUGGUUGUUUCUGGUUUGUGGGAUUCAUAUGUUGUAUCUGGUGGUUCUUGUUGUUUCUGAUCAACGCGAUACCCGCUUCGAUCCCUCAGUACGUGACGGAGGCUAUAACGGGGCCGCUGCCGGACGCGCCCGGCGUGAAAUUGAGAAAGGAGGGCCUGAUGGCAAAGCACCCGGUAGUGUUUGUGCCAGGGAUCGUAACUGGGGGGCUCGAGCUCUGGGAGGGGCGACAGUGUGCUGAUGGCUUGUUCAGAAAGCGGUUCUGGGGUGGCUCGUUUGGGGAGCUGUACAAAAGACCAUUAUGUUGGGUCGAGCACAUAUCACUGGACAAUGAAACUGGGCUUGACCCUCCUGGUAUAAGAGUCAGGCCGGUAUCAGGACUUGUAGCAGCUGAUUACUUUGCACCGGGUUAUUUUGUCUGGGCUGUCUUAAUUGCUAAUUUGGCUCACAUUGGGUAUGAGGAGAAAACAAUGUAUAUGGCUGCAUAUGAUUGGAGAUUAUCUUUCCAGAACACAGAGGUGAGGGACCAGACUUUGAGCAGGAUAAAAAGUAACAUAGAACUCAUGGUAGCUACAAAUGGUGGUAGAAAGGUGGUUGUUAUUCCACAUUCAAUGGGUGUCCUGUACUUUCUGCACUUCAUGAAAUGGGUUGAGGCACCAGCUCCAAUGGGUGGUGGAGGUGGAUCAGAUUGGUGUGCCAAGCAUAUAAAGGCAGUAAUGAACAUUGGUGGACCCUUUUUAGGUGUUCCAAAAGUUGUCUCGGGACUGUUCUCUGUUGAAGCCAGGGAUAUUGCUGUUGCCAGGGCAUUUGCACCAGCUGUUCUGGAUAAAGAUGUAUUUGGUUUCCAAACUCUGCAACAUAUGAUGUGGAUGACCCGUACCUGGGACUCAACCAUGUCAAUGAUACCAAAAGGUGGAGAGACAAUAUGGGGUGGUGUUGAUUGGUCACCUGAAGGAGGCUUUAAAUGUAAUGGAAAAAAGUUGAAGAGCAAUAAUACCUACCAUCAAAGUGCAAAUGGGAGUUUUGUUAACAUGGAGAAUGUGAAUUAUGGUAGAAUUAUAUCAUUUGGGAAAGAUGUUGCUGAAUUACAUUCUUCCCAGGUUGAGAGGGUCGAUUUCAGGGAUGCUGUGAAGGGCAAUGCAGUCGCAAACACAAGCCGUUGUGAUGUGUGGACAGAAUACCAUGAAUUAGGCACUGAAGGUAUAAGAGCCGUUGCUGAUUACAAAAUGUACACUGCUGGAUCAAUUUUAGAUCUGCUUCAUUUUGUUGCCCCCAAGUUGAUGGCACGGGGAGGUGCACAUUUUUCACAUGGAAUUGCUGAUAAUUUGGAUGACCCAAAGUAUGAACACUACAAAUAUUGGUCAAACCCCUUAGAAACGAAGUUACCAAAUGCUCCAGACAUGGAGAUUUAUUCAAUGUAUGGCGUCGGAAUGCCCACAGAAAGAGCAUAUGUCUACAAAUUAACUCCUGCUGCUGAGUGCUAUAUUCCCUUUCAGAUAGAUACCUCAGCAGAAGGUGCAAGCGAACAUUCUUGUCUAAAAGGUGGGGUCUUCUCUACUGAUGGAGAUGAAACGGUCCCUGUGUUAAGUGCAGGUUUCAUGUGUGCAAAAGCUUGGAGAGGAAAAACCCGAUUCAACCCUUCAGGCAUCCAUACUUACAUCAGAGAGUAUCCUCAUGCUCCACCAGCUAAUCUACUGGAGGGACGAGGAACCCAAAGUGGUGCUCAUGUUGACAUAAUGGGGAACUUUGCAUUGAUUGAGGACAUCAUCCGAGUAGCAGCUGGGGCUACUGGAGAGGACUUGGGUGGAGAUCGAGUUUAUUCCAACAUUUUUACAUGGUCAGAAAAGAUUAACUUACAGCUCUAAAUCAACUUACAACGCAUUUGGCUUGCAUUUGAAUGCAAGAAACAGAAUGAAUAUCCGAAAUGAGUACAGGGCAAGAAGAUUUAUUGUGCACUUGAAAUCCCUCUUUGUUUAGUGAAGCUACUUAUCAGGUGUGAGGAUAACUGGAAAUUGGCAUUCCACGUACUGGCUGGCCGCAUCUUCAGUUACUGGAGCACCGGGAAACCCAGCACUGACAUCUUUUCUUUCUCUUUGUAGUUUUGUAUUGAUUGAUUUUGAGUACCGGCAAAUAUCAAUAUAUAUAUAUAUUUCUA